CACUCAUUCAUUCACUCGUUCACAUCAACUCACCAUGUACUCCGUACAUGAUAUCUAUCUAUCCACGACAUACAGUGUUGAAUGCAAACAUAGUACUACGUAUAGCAGUAUCGAAUAUGUACAUACUAUCUAUGAAUAGUGAUAUUGCUACCAAGACUCUUGCUUGGUCUUGGGGGUCUUGAUUGCGACCAAUUGAGCUUCCAUAUCCAUAUGCAUCCAGUAUUUCCAUAGACAAUAACCAUCUGUUCAACAAAAUCACUCCCACUUGCGGCAUUGAGAAGGGAAACCCACAAAUGCCGUAUCUAGGUAUCCAUUUGCACUUCAUGUUUUCCAUUAAUGCCUCUCCCGUCCACAGUAGAUAUAAUACAACAAUUGAUAGAACACAUCCAUGGCAGCGACGAUACAUACCCUACGGGAUUAAUUACUGUGACGAUGAUUGCUUGGUCGCAUUCUUGCCUUGUUCGGCCAAAACUAGCGGGAGCCCCGCCCUACCGCCGUCGGCCAUUGGCUAUAGUCUUUUCCCUUGGUUCUCCAUCAUUGGAGCUCCCACACUCUCUCGUCUCUCUCCCGCGUCCUUUUGGUCUUUUAAUUCUUCUUCUCCAUCCAACCUCCUCUCUCUCUCUUCUCUCUUCUCUCCUCACCCCCGAUCACAUCUUCAAGUACAGGCUUGCUUCCUCUCCAUCCUCAUCCUAUUCCCUUCACCACUUAGCUCCAGGUAUGUAUCCCACAGCUUCUCCGCCGUCUUCCAUGUCCCAAUGCUUUUGCCCUAUCCCACGCCGGAUCCUACCGGCUUCCUCGUGCGGCCGACCAGGCACGCCAAAGAAAUGCCUCACCUAUUGCAGAUUUUUCGGCGGCCCGUCCUGUUCAUAAGAGCGCGGAUAACCCGCCGAUAUCUGUUCUGGUCUCGCGUUCAAUGCACUGUCUCGUCACCUCCUCGACCUCCACCUUUCCAAUCGCGCGUAUCACAUUGGCCACUUUGCGCUGACAAGCUUCUUCCCGUCAACAGCUCUUAAGCAAGCUUCCAUCCUCCGACAAUCCAAAGUCAACCUUCGAGGAACUUCUUCUCCGUCACUCAAAAGGUACGCUCCUGCCCUGGGCUGGCCCUCACGGCAUCCAAUGCGCACGCGCACGAUCGCCCUUGGCUCAAUGAUCCCUGCGCCUAUCCGAGACCCUCUCCGACCACCUCUUGCCGGUUGCUCUCGCGUCGCAAAUCUGUCGAAUGCGCCUUCAAGGUGCCAUUGGGCUCGGAACGACGUCGCAAUUGAUGAAU